AUGCAAUUCGUCAAGCUCAUGCUAGUGGCCGCUGCUUCCAUCCUCUCAGUGGAAGCUUGCAAAUGCGUCAACCCUAACGGAGGUGCGAACAAUAUCGGCGUAACACGCUCCUGCUGCAGUCAGAAUAAGGGAACCUUCGUGAAUGGCAACGAUUGCAACGCCGGCUCAAUCUCAAACAGACUGAGCAACUUCAAGAACUGCUGUCGUGGCAGCGGACUCAACUCCGAUUGCAGUUGCCCAACUUGCCGUGAAGAAACUGGCAUCGAGUCGGUCACCAAUAUCACGACCGUUUUGUCCUAG